UCAUUGUCAUAGCUUAUCCAUCAUUGUCAUUCUACUAAAAGUUCAUGUCCUAGCUACAUCAGCAGGACGUCGAGUUCAUUAAAUUAGAAAUUGGCUGUUCCAUAGAAAGGCAAUCACAAGGAUAUUUUAUUCUUCCAUUUUCAAUGUGAUUCACUUUAUCUUAGUAUGUUGAAUCAUUUAAUUCAGUGAAACAACUAACGUGCUUCAACAGUGGCUUGUGAUGAAGGGACCAACUUUGCCAGCAAAACAGAAGCUUGUGAAUACAAACAAAUACAGACCACAGAAUAUGUGUGGAGGCUGAGGAGAGAAUUGGAUGAGUUUUUCUGAAUUAAGCAAAGCCAUGUGAGAGGGGCCACUCAAAUACCCAACCACCAGACUCCAAUUCCCUACUUAGCCAUUGGAGAAGUACCACUCAUCAGUAACAGCUUUGUCUUCAGAAACUCUAUAAAUAUAAACCUCUCAUAAGCCUCCAAGAACCAAAUACAACUCAAAACUAUUCAACUGCGACUUCCUCUUCUAUCUGGUUCUUUACCAAUCUGAUCAAAACUUCAGACCAUCUCAAACAAAUGGGGAUUAGAUUGCUAUCUUUGGUUCCUCAUGCCAAGCAACUCCUGAAGAUACAGUCAGGUUUUACCAAAAGCCAGUUGGAUGUUCCAAAAGGUCAUGUGGCAGUUUACGUGGGAGAAAUUCAAAGGAAGCGGUUUGUGGUUCCGAUAUCUUACUUAAACCAUCCAUCAUUCCAGCAACUGCUCAGCCACGCAGAGGAAGAGUUCGGCUUCCAUCAUCCACAGGGAGGCCUAACAAUUCCUUGCAAAGAAGAUGCCUUUAUUGUUCUCACUUCUAGAUUGCAAGUUUCUUGAAGGAUGAAGACAAGAGGACCAUGUGCCAUUUUUGACGGAAAAAACUUUCUGCUUUUUUCCUAACUUGCCUUUUGGUUUACUCUAGGAUGUAGUAGAAUGAGCACCUUCCUUCUUUCCUGUAAGUGAGUGGCAUAGUAGAGGUGCAUUUACUAACAAACUGAAUCAAAACAAUAGACGAAUUCAGCGUCAAUUUCUAGCUUAUUCUUUUCUUCUCCAUCUGUUACAACUAUUCUGGGCUCUGGGGAACAUAUAAAAUUUGUUGCUAAAUAAUCAUAUAUCAACAAAUCAUCUGAAUAUUAUAUCGAAACUUAAAAGUAUCAAAUUUAUCCAAAAGAAUGGGAUGGGUAAAUGCAAAGUUAUGAACUGCCCAGUAAUCGAGUGUGUUGAUUGUGAAUGUUGGCGCUCAUGUAAAUUCACUUUGUUCAAGUUACCCUCUUUCCCCAAUCUUUUUGUUGUACAAAUUGUACAGGGUCAUAUCCACCAAGUCAUGGACUUGUUAUGAUGAUAAAAAUCACAAAUUUCAAUGCAUGAUCUUGGUUUUAGGGUCAAUUAACGGAUCUAAGCGAGAAGGAUUAAGAGUAAACACACUCACUCAGGGAAAAAUCUUAGGAUAAAUUAGUUUUAGUUUUGCUGAAGUUUGGAGAAUCAAGAUGGUGGGUCUUGAGGAUCGAAAAGUUCCCAACCUGAAGAGUUUUGAUUUGUUGUGGCUGUUUUUUCGUUUGCCUCUUCUCUUUCUAUUUGAAACCGAAGACGCUUCCUUUUCCUUCUUCGACUCUCUCCUUCAAACCCUACCCCACAUCUUAUUGCCUCUUCCGCCGAUUCUGGACCUUUCAAUCUCGCAACUUUAGUAGUUAAUUGCACAAAGAAAGACUCCUGCCGCCAUUUUUUCUGAUUUUGUUCUAUUGUUUUUCGUUUUCAUGGGACUCUUCUUUCACUUCUCGCCUUUGAUAGCUGAAAAUACCCUCUUAUGCGCGAGACGAUCACGAUGAAGCCUUUUUUUUUUUGUUUUUUCUUUCCCUCGUAACUUUAUUUUUACCUCGUGCAUGCAGGAAUCAGGAUAGUGGCUUGAAGAAGCUCUCGGCUAAGCUUGUAAACUGCUGCUCGAUAACGCCCUCCUUCCGCUUUUCUCUCGUGCGCGCUCUGAAGUUUGUAGCUUGGAUGUGAGAUUGAUGAAGACAUCUUCUCUGCAAGGGAUUGUCAGACCUCCAGUUGGAUGUUUGAAUCCAAAUUCUUCUU